ACGAGUUUUCUUUUAUUUGGAGUUUUACUGUCAAUACAAAGUUAAUCUCAUGGUCUUCUUCACUGGAUCACAUGACACAGGUGAUGAUGUCAUCAGUGAAGGUGGAGUGCGUGGUGAAAGCGAGCGCUUUGAUUGGUGAAGGGCCGGUGUGGGAGGAGUCAGAGCAGACGUUGCUGUUUGUUGACAUUGAUGGGCAGAGAAUCCACCGCUGGAGUCCGUCGACCAAUCAGAUCCAGUCUGUGGAAACAGGUGAGACGGUGGGCUUCGCGGUUCCUCGUGGGUCAGGUGGUUACGUUGCAGGUGUGGGCCGCAGCAUCGUGGCUGUCGAUUGGUCAACUCAGAUGAUGACAUCAUUGGUGGAGGUCGACAAAGACAAAAAGAACAACCGGCUGAACGACGGGAAGGUCGACCCGACUGGACGCCUGCUGGCAGGUACGAUGGGGAAGGAGGAGCGACCUGCCGUGGUUCAGAGACAACAAGGGUCUCUGUUCUCUGUGACCUCUGACCUCAGCGUGACCAAACACCUGAGCCAGGUGGACAUAUCCAACGGGUUGGACUGGUCUUUGGAUCAGAGGACGUUUUUCUACAUUGACAGUUUGUCUCUGACCGUCGACGCCUUCGACUACGACUCAAACAGCGGACACAUCGGUAACCGUCGUGUGGUGUAUCAUAUGGAGGACGGGGAGGGGCUUCCUGACGGGAUGACAGUUGAUGCUGAUGGUCGACUCUGGGUGGCCUGUUACAACGGAGGACGAGUCAUCAACAUCGACCCUGUUACUGGUGUGCGGCUGCAGACGGUCUCUCUGCCGGUGAUGAAGACGACCUCGUGUUGUUUUGGAGGUCCAGACUACUCUGACCUCUACGUGACCUCAGCCAGUCUGGGCCUCGACCAAUCAGAGAGAAGACAGCAGCCAAUGGCCGGAGGCACCUUCAGGGUGACAGGUCUUGGGGUCAAAGGUCGGCCUUCAAACUCGUUCUCUGGUUGACAACCAAUCACAGAGCAGAUCUGCUGCAGGAAGUGAUCCUUCAUGUGAAACUGUUAAUGAAAAGUUAAAGAUAACUUUUGACUUUUAAUGAAACGUUGAUUUUCACAAAGUGUUUGAAGCCGUUUUUAACUGCAAAUAAAUAAAUGAUGAAGAGACGACGAAUCAGAAACAAGGAAACCAUGAGAGCCAAUCAGAGUCAAUGUAUUAUUGCAUACUCCCAAAUGUACCUUUGUUUAAUUGGUUAAAAUAAAAGAAACUGGAAAGACA